GCAUUCCGUUGCCAGAGUGUGGGAGGAGAGAAGCAGGGGAAAGAGAGCUCCAGGUGUUUGGCAGGAUUUGGCUCAAAGGGCAUGCGAAAAAUUCAACUGAAAAAUCCCAAGCAAGCUGCCUGAAUUUCCCUGUAUAUUCUUGUUCUACGUCCUAUAAAGGACCACGCAAACCAAAUUAGUGGGUUUUUGCCCCCCCCGCCCAGGUCUCCUCCAGCCGUGGAUGCCUUUGACAUUAUGACCGCAGAGGAUUCCACCGCAGCCAUGAGCAGCGACUCAGCCGCCGCCGCGUCCUCGGCCAAGGUGCCAGAAGGCGUGGCCGGCGCGCCCAACGAGGCGGCGCUGCUGGCGCUGAUGGAGCGCACCGGCUACAGCAUGGUGCAGGAGAACGGGCAGCGCAAGUACGGUGGCCCGCCGCCGGGCUGGGAGGGCCCGCACCCGCAGCGGGGCUGCGAGGUCUUCGUGGGCAAGAUCCCGCGCGACGUGUACGAGGACGAGCUGGUGCCCGUGUUCGAGGCUGUGGGCCGCAUCUACGAGCUGCGCCUCAUGAUGGACUUCGACGGCAAAAACCGCGGCUACGCCUUCGUCAUGUACUGCCACAAGAACGAGGCCAAGCGCGCCGUGCGCGAGCUCAACAACUACGAGAUCCGCCCGGGCCGCCUGCUCGGCGUGUGCUGCAGCGUGGACAACUGCCGCCUCUUCAUCGGCGGCAUCCCCAAGAUGAAGAAGCGCGAGGAGAUCCUGGAGGAGAUCGCCAAGGUCACCGAGGGCGUGCUGGACGUCAUCGUCUACGCCAGCGCGGCCGACAAAAUGAAGAACCGCGGCUUCGCCUUCGUCGAGUACGAGAGCCACCGUGCCGCCGCCAUGGCACGCCGCAAGCUCAUGCCCGGCCGCAUCCAGCUCUGGGGCCACCAGAUCGCCGUGGACUGGGCCGAGCCCGAGAUCGACGUGGACGAGGACGUGAUGGAGACCGUGAAGAUCCUCUACGUGCGCAACCUCAUGAUCGAGACCACCGAGGACACCAUCAAGAAGAGCUUCGGCCAGUUCAACCCGGGCUGUGUGGAGCGUGUCAAGAAGAUUCGCGACUACGCCUUCGUGCACUUUGUCAGCCGCGAGGACGCCGUGCACGCCAUGAACAACCUCAACGGCACCGAGCUGGAGGGCUCGUGCCUCGAGGUGACGCUGGCCAAGCCCGUGGACAAGGAGCAGUACUCCCGCUACCAGAAGGCGGCCAAGGGCGGCGGCGCGGCUGAGGUGGCGGUGCAGCAGCCCAGCUACGUGUACUCUUGCGACCCCUAUACGCUGGCCUACUAUGGCUACCCCUACAACGCGCUCAUCGGACCCAAUAGAGACUACUUCGUGAAAGCAGGCAGCGUAAGAGGCCGGGGUCGAGGUGCGGCCGGCAACAGAGCCCCAGGGCCCAGGGGUUCCUACCUCGGGGGAUAUUCAGCUGGCCGUGGUAUAUAUAGCCGAUAUCAUGAAGGGAAAGGAAAGCAGCAAGAAAAAGGAUAUGAACUCGUACCGAAUUUGGAAAUCUCUGCCGUCAAUCCAGUUGCCAUUAAACCUGGUACAGUGGCCAUCCCUGCCAUCGGGGCCCAGUAUUCCAUGUUUCAGGCAGCGCCAGCCCCUAAAAUGAUCGAAGACGGCAAAAUCCACACAAUGGAGCACAUGAUCAGCCCCAUCGCCGUGCAGCCAGACCCAGCCGCCGCCGCCGCUGUCAUUCCCGCUGUGUCAACGCCGCCCCCAUUCCAGGGCCGCCCGAUUACCCCAGUGUACACGGUGGCUCCGAACAUUCAGAGAAUUCCCACUGCUGGGAUCUACGGGGCCAGUUACGUGCCGUUCGCUGCUCCAGCCACUGCCACAAUCGCCACACUACAGAAGAAUGCGGCCGCUGCCGUCUACGGAGGCUACGCGGGCUACAUACCUCAGGCCUUCCCCGCCGCUGCUAUUCAGGUGCCCAUCCAUGACAUCUACCAGACAUACUGACACUGGUGAGGAGAGUGGAGGCAGACCACAAACUACCCGUGAAGGAACACUUUACUAUUUAUGAAGAAAGAACGUGUGGGAUUAGCACACUCACGAAACCUGAAAGUGAAGAAUGUUAUCCAAUAUCACCCUGAAAGAUUUUAUAUUCAUGAAGUUUCCACUAGUUGUGUUGUUUUUCUUUUUUUUUUUUUAAAGACUGUUUUCAACUUAGCCCUUGUUCAUACAUUUCUAAGAGACUUGUAACGGUUCAUGCCUUAAUACCAUCUCUCAAAAAUUUGUAUGCCGUAGUACGUUUGUAUAGAGGUUUUUUGUUUUUGUAUUUUUAAGGAUAUAUUUUCAGUAUGAAGGUUAUUUUCUUAACUUCUACACUCCAGAGAUUUCUAUUUUGUAGUACCUUCGAUAAUAUAUCAACUAUAUAUUGAAAAGCACAUUUGAGCAGCUAGGGAACUGUUUUGAAAAAUAGAUUCAAUAUUUAAAGAUACAAACAGUAGUGCUUUAAAAUACUACAUAAAAUGUUAUUUUAAAAGUUAUACUAGAAAGUGCAAUUUUAAAGUGAGUAAAAUCUCUAUUUCAGCUGCAUUAAGGGUUGAUGGUGUUAUCACGUGUUAAGAAGAUGGUUCUACUAUUUUUUUUUUUUUUUUAAAGAAAGUAAACACUCGAUCUCUCUUUAAGCCCACGUUGAAAAGACUUGUCACACUUCUAAGUCCAAACACUGGAAAGCUCUCACCUGCCACCAUUACCCUGUUUCCCCGCUCCUUCUCCAUGUGUCUUGCCCUCCCCACCCCCCUACUCAUUCCUUCCUUCCUAUCCCCAGCCCCACCUCCAAGUUUGGCAAGUCUAGGGCAAAUGAAUUCCUCUGAUAGAGAGAACUUUGAUGGCUUUUAUACUUCUUCCUGGGUUUUUGUGGGGGUUUUUUUGUUUUGUUGUGGGUUUUUCUUUUUGUCUUGGUUAGAGAGGUAUUUUCAAUAGAGUAUGCAUAAGCACAAGAUUGUAAUACUUUCCAUAAGACAUUUUUGCAUAGCUAUUUAAUGUCUCAUAUAAAACCUUAGUUCCUUUUCUAAUGCUUUUAUUUUAUUCGUUUUUGAAGUAUGAGUUUGUAGAGACAGUGAAUGUUGUUGUCGGCAAGGCCCCCGGAGACUCUUGUCGCAGAAAGUUAUGCUUCUAGCUGCCUUAUCAUGUUUCAAUGCAAAUUGUCUGUGGUCGUCAAGGGUAUUGGAAAUAUUAUGUUUAUUGAGCAGGGCUUUCCUCUGUUGCUGUGCACGCGGUAGGUGAGCCGACUUGGGGUGCGCACAUCCAGGAGGAGGAGGAGAGACCUGUAGAAGUUAAAAGAUAGCUUGUAAAUAAUCUAAUGCUGGUUUUUAGUUGUUUAAUGUUGCGGAAGUUCUUGGUAUAUAGUUUAAUGCAGAGUGAAACCAUUUUAUUUCAAUGUUAUUAAAAAGUUUUGUUUAUUAUUAGGAAGUAAAUGUAUUGUUGCAGUGUUGUGCCUGUUUCAAGGCUUUUGUUUAGCAGAGUGAAUGUAAAAUACAGUAAAAUGUUAAGAUUGUCAUCUGCUUUAUAAAAUACAUCAACUUGGAACUUUUUUUUAAAGGCUCCAUCAAGGAAUUGAGGUGUGCAAUAGGUAGCAAGGACACAGUUGUGUGUUUAUGUCACAUUAGAGAUCUAUAAAAUCUUUCCACUCACUGAAUUUUUGCUAAUGGCUGAAUUCUUAUUUAUGGAUUAAUAAUAGGAUCAUGCCUUUAGCAAGUAUUUUAGUUUUGUUUUAAAUUUUAAAUUAAGAGAUUCCCAAAUGCCUUUUCCCUCCCCCUCAUCUUAGGGUGGGAUGAAUUUUUUAUAUAUAAGCAAUAUUUAUUUAACUAUUCUGUAAAAUUAUUGAGUGCCUACAAAGGCCUUUAAACAUUUCUAACAUUUCUUUCCAUCGUUCUUAAAUGACAUAAAAUAAUCGUGCAAUGUUCCUGAUGAUGUACCCAGCAAGCUGCAUCCAAACUCGAAUCUGUUGGAAUGAGUAAUCCAACAAAAUGCAAUUUGGAUCAGAUCCUCAUCCCUUGACUCGGUGUGAAAGAACUUCCAGUGAAGGAUUGUCACAGAGUUCACUGGAUGAGACUCUGACCUAGCAGUCUUACUGUAUUUUACAUAUGCCUGUAAAUUAUUUGCAAAAAAAUAAUAAUAAUGAAAAGAAAAAUUGAUAUCUUAACAUGGCAACUACCAAACUACCUUAAAAACAGAUAUCGGUGAGCCUCCUUUCUAUGGUCUGUUUCUGUUUCAAAACCAUUUCACGUACACUACUGAGGUAAGUUUAUAACUUGAAAUGUGAACUUUUUUUUUUAAGGGUUAAGAACAAACUAAAUGUUAAAAAAAAAAAAAACUUUAGUGUUCUCUGUUUUCAAACAUUGCUAGUAGUUUAGUUAUCUUUAGUUGCUUUGUAUUUGAAAAGCUUUUAAGUUUAUUUAGAUCUUUCUCCAUUUACAAUACAUUCUUAGGAUGUAUGUAGUAAAUAAAGCUUUCUUUAAAGCAGUUUCGAGA